GCUGACAGCAACGUUUGAAGUGUCAUAACCUCGUGUUGUUAUGACGUUCAAUACCUUGAACGUCACGUACAGACUAUCAACGUACGUUGAUAUUAUGGGUGAUAAAUUAACGACGUCAAUUAAUUACGCAAUAGUCUAAGACAAGUUAUUUUUUAUGAAGCUGUACGAUCAAACGUAAUUAUCAAUCAAACAUCUAAACUCAAGUGACCUCAGUUGGACUACAAGAUCUUGGGAGCAAAAUCAAGCAUGUGGGUGUUUGGCUAUGGUUCUUUGAUAUGGAAAGCGGAUUUUCCAUACGAGAGAAAAUUAGUUGGUCAUAUCAAGGGUUACGUAAGACGAUUUUAUCAGAAAAGUACUGACCACAGAGGCACGCCCGGCAGGCCUGGACGAGUUGUCACUUUGCUAUCAUCAACAAAUCCAAAAGACGAAGUAUGGGGACUAGCAUAUAAAAUUGCCACGGAGAAUAUUGACCAUGUUGUUAAUCAUUUAGACUUCAGAGAGAAAGGAGGCUAUGAGAGAAAGACUGUCUUAUUUUACCCCUGUAAUCCUCCACAAGCGAUUGAUCCUACAACUUUGAAUACUAGUUUUUCAUCAAGCACUGGAUUGACCUCCAAUCCUAUGGUACCUGUGACACCUUCGGCUUCAGAAGAAACACCUUUCCAGCUGACAAUUUACAUCGGUGGAGAGGAUAACCCAAACUUUGCUGGGGCUGAAGAUCUAGAGACAAUAGCUAGACACAUAUUAGUAUCACAUGGACCAAGUGGAGCUAAUAUAGAAUAUCUUUAUAAGUUAGCUAAUGCAAUGAGGAUGGUUGCUCCAGGGGUUAUUGACCAACAUUUAUUCAGUCUUGAAGCUAGUGUGAAAAAAUUAGAAGAGAAGACCAAAACUGAAGUAUUGUCAGAUGGUGAAUAGCCUUGUGUACAUGAAAAAUCAAAUCACUUUUUGAUCCAAAGACCCGACAGACCCUGAUGUAGAACACUUCAAAGAAAUAUAGUUGCCAAUUUAUUCUUUGUAUGGAAA